AGCCAGGACGUACGCGAGGCAUUCGGAAAAGUUCCCCGCCACUUGUUCGUGCCAAAGGUGGACAUCGCCACCGCCUAUACAGACCAACCCGUGUUUAUCCGUUGGCACGCGGGAACGCCUAUCAGUUCGUCCACUCAGCCCACGAUGAUGGCUAUCAUGGCCGAGCAAUUGCACCUGGAACCCGGCUGUAGAGUGCUGGAAAUAGGUUCAGGAACGGGCUACAACGCGGCCAUCCUGGCUCAUAUCGUCGGGGACAGCGGCGGCGUCAUCACGGUGGACAUCGACCAGGAUAUUGUGGAUGAGGCUUCCGGAAACUUGUCCAAAGCCGGGGAUGGCGAUGUCGAAGUCGUGCGUGGGGACGGAUUCGAAGGAUUCUCGGCAGGUCAGCCCUACGAUCGCAUAAUGGUUACCGUCGGCGCCCGCGAUGUUUCACCCCAUUGGGUUGAACAACUGAAGAAUGGCGGGAUCAUGGUAGUCCCGCUGUGGUUCAAAGGUUUCAAUCUGAGUGUGGCACUGGAAAAGCGCGACGGCCGUCCUUGA